AUGUCGAGCGACAAUAAAGAUCGAGUCAUGCAAAGAAAGCUGAACGUUGGUGUCGUUGGAAUCGGCCGGAUGGGCCAAAAGCAUGCGUUGAACAUUCUGCAUUCGGUGCCACGAGCCACACUCCUCUGCGCCUGCUCACCAGCUGAGGCUGAUCUGGCGUGGGGCAACGAAUACCUGAAGCCUUAUAAUGUCUGUGUAGUUGCUACCUUCAAGGAACUCAUCGAAACGCCUGGUUUAGAUGCAGUCAUUGUAGCUUCUAGCACUGAAUUGCACGCCAGACACACAACAGCGGCCCUUGACCGAAACAUCCAUGUGCUCUGUGAAAAGCCAGUGUGCAAAACCGUCGAAGAGCUCGUCCAACUGGUCAAAAGAACCGAGGCCAAUCCCCGAGCCAAGUUGAUGGUUGGAUUCGUACGUCGCUUUGACCAGAACUACCAAGACGCACUUGAAAAGGUCAAGGCCGGUGCAAUCGGUCGCCCUAUUAUCAUUAGAUCUCAAGGGUGCGAGAAGUUAGACACAAGCCCGUUCUACCAACAAUAUCUAGAAGCGUCUGGUGGCAUUUUUGUUGACAGUAUUAUUCAUGAUAUUGACCUUGCGCUUCUCUUUUUCGGAGAAGACUCCAAGCCCAAGUCCGUCUCCGCAGCAGGAGUCGCGGCAGUCCACACCAAAAGAGCGGAGGAGGGAGACGCCGAUAACGCUGUCGGGAUUUGCGAGUUCUGGGACGGCAAGAUUGCGUAUUUUUACAACUCUAGAACCGCAGCGCAUGGCUAUGAUAAUGCCACUGAGAUUUUCGGCACAGCUGGGAAACUAUCGAUCAACAUGGUCCCCAGAAAGAACGCUGUUGAGCUCUGCGAUGGGGACGGCUUUGUCAAGGUCCAACCCACGCCUGGCUGGUACGAUCGCUAUGCACCGGCAUUUGUGGAAGAGGCGAAGGCCUGGGUGGAUGCACUCCUCGACGACAAGCCUAUGCCGAUACCGCUGGGGUCAUCCCUGCGAUCUCUUGAGAUUGCCACUGCGUUGCAGGAGAGCUUGAGAACCGGGAACAAGAUCUUUUUCACAAAGGAGGGGGCUGUUCGGCGAGAGACAGCAUUACUCUAG